AUGGGAUACGAAGUCAAUUUCGUUCCCCCGAAAUGCACCAUAACUACAUCAGGAGGAAAAGCAAAGCACACGAUGACGAACUACUGCGACGUCAAUUUGGCUUAUAAGAUGGUGCUUCCGAGCGGUUCAAAAUACUCCAUAGAUCCGGCUGCGAUGGCUGGCGUGCUAGAGGUUGGAAAGUCGAUUGAAGUCGUGAUCACGAGACAGGCUGGUAAAGGACCGGAGGAGAACUUGACAAUCGAAUAUAAUGCAACAGAUCCUAGCAAGGGAAUCACUGGAAAGACAAUCGUAAAAUUAAAACCAACUGAAUAG